GCCGCCGCUUACAUCCGGUUGCCAUGGAGCCCGCCCCAGCGUCAUCCUCCCGCACGGCGGGGCCCGCGCCCCCGGCCCCCGCCCCGCCGCCAGGGGUCCCGCCGCCGCCGCCGCCGCCGCCGCCGCCGCGCCCUGCCCGCUGCCUCCGCGGCUGCGUAGGGCCGCGGCCCAGCGCGCCGCCCCGCGGCGGGGGGCGUCCCGCGGAGUGGCCCCACGGCGGUGCCCGGGCGCGGGGCAGCGGCGCCCUACCUGUUAUGCCACUCUCCAGGUUUGCUGGGUGCCUGCCGGUGAAAGAGAAGGGUUGAUAUUUUGCCCAGGCCCUUAGGUCCUGAACCAAAAUGGCAGCUGGAGAGCCCCCUCCCGUAGGAGAUGUCUUCAUCAACCUGCAGCAGGGCAGAGAUCGUGCAGAGAAAGCCUCUCCUGCUGCCGAGGACGAUGAGGACUUGGAUAAGACUUUGUCAAUCGAGAGAUUUGGGGACCUGAUAAGCAAGUCAGCAUCAAGCGAUCUGGAGAAGCAAAGACGCAGCUACAGUGAGAGAGAUUUCGAGUUCCACCGCCAAACCUCGCACCACAUCCAUCACCCCCUUUCCACUCAUCUCCCUCCUGCCCUCAAGUUCCAAAAGAGGCCCCCGCGUGCCAGCAGGAGGAAAAAAAGGAGAAGGAAAAAGAAGAAAACUUCGGUGCCCCCCUCAGAGGUCACCCCCACCAUCCAGGAAGUAGACGAGGAGGGGGGAGAGGAGGAGGAGGAGGAGGAGGAGGAAGAAGAAGGAGAGUCUGAGGCAGAGGAGGCUGAGGAGAAGGAAGUCUCUGCAGAGUCUGAGAGUGAAGCUCGUGGGAAGGACACGUCUCCUAAGCUGGAUCACCCAAGCAAACCAAAGUUCACCAUCGGCAGCGAUGAGGAUGAGUCUGGCAGCGCUGCAGCCCCUGUGCAGUUCCACGUGGAGGAGGAGUGUGGCAUCCUGUCCCCCACGCCAUGCUUCACUGACUUGCUGCAGGACAAGGGCUCUGCCUCCCUCCGCAGUGCCCCCGGGCCUCGAGAACGCCUGUCUCGUGGGUGGGAGAAGCGCAAGCCCUGGGGCCAGGUGGUGAGUGGGCAACGGGUGACCUAUGACUUGAAGGAGAGAAUGUGCAUUGGCAGCAUGACCACACUGGAGAGCGCAGCGUACCAGCGUGUCCCCACUGAUGAGGCCGAGGCCCAGAUGCUGGCAUCCGCUGACUUGGAUGGCAUGAAAAGCCACCGUUUUGAAGAUAACCCUGGUGUGAGACGGCAUCUGAUGAAGAAACCAUCUCGCAGCCAGAUCGCCAGGACAAGCAAAAAGUUAGCAGCAACCCCGUCCAUCAAGAAAAAGAAGAAGAAGAAGAAGUUAGACAGAAAGCCCCAUGAGGUGUUUGUGGAGCUGAACGAGCUGGUGGUGGAUAAGAACCAGGAGAUGCACUGGAGGGAAACAGCCCGCUGGAUCAAGUUUGAGGAGGACGUGGAGGAGGACACAGCUAGGUGGGGGAAACCCCACGUGGCUUCACUGUCCUUUCGUAGCCUGUUGGAGCUCAGGAAGACAAUUGCCCAUGGUGCUGUCCUCCUUGACCUGGAGCAGACCACGCUGCCCGGCAUCGCUCACCUCAUGGUGGAGACCAUGAUCAUCUCUGACCAGAUCAGAGCGGAGGAUCGAGCCAAUGUGCUACGUGCUCUUCUGCUCAAGCACAGCCACCCGAAUGAUGAGAAGGAGGGGUUCUUCCCAAGGAAUCACUCUAGCUCCAGCAUGAACUCCAUCGUGGGGAAUCACCACCACAACCACGCCACAGACACCUGCGUGCCCCUCAUGGGGGAGGAGCGUAUCGAGAUGGCUGACCCCAAGGCCCACGAAACCGAAUGCAAAGAGCAGAAAAACCUGCAUCUUCAUAAUUCUGAGGGACAUCGCAAAUAUCUGAAGCUGAUGGAGAAGAUUCCUGAAGAUGCAGAGGCCACAGUGGUCCUCGUGGGUUGCGUGCAGUUCCUGGAGCAGCCAACUAUGGCUUUUGUCCGACUAAAUGAGGCCAUCUUCCUGGAAUCUGUCUUGGAGGUCCCAAUUCCUGUCAGAUUCAUCUUUGUGCUGCUGGGACCGAGCCAGGCCAACAUGGAUUACCAUGAAAUUGGCCGGUCGAUCUCCACCCUCAUGUCUGACAAGCACUUCCAUGAGGCUGCAUACAUGGCAGAUGACCGUCAGGACCUCCUCAACGCUAUCAAUGAGUUCCUCGACUGCAGCAUUGUCAUCCCCCCAUCAGAGGUGGAAGGGAAAGACUUGCUCAAAUCCAUUGCCACCUUCCAGAAGUUGCUGCUGAGGAAGAGGAAGGAGAGGGAGCAAAAGUCCAUGAAGGAGGGGGCUGUCCAGGAAGCCAAAGAGCUGUGUGAAGUGAAAGCUGAGGAAGAAGAGGAGGAAGCUGAGGACGACCCUUUGAAACGGACUGGAAUAUUUUUUGGAGGUCUGGUUCGGGACAUAAAGCGCAGGUACCCCAAAUACCUCAGUGACAUCAGAGACGCCUUGCACAGCCAGUGUCUCGCAGCCGUUCUCUUCAUCUACUUUGCUGCUCUCUCUCCUGCCAUCACCUUCGGGGGACUCCUAGGAGAGAAAACAGAGGGUCUCAUGGGAGUUUCCGAGCUCAUAAUCUCCACCUCGGUUUUAGGGAUCCUCUUCUCCCUGCUCGGAGCUCAGCCGCUCCUGGUCAUUGGCUUCUCAGGGCCCCUGCUGGUGUUUGAAGAAGCUUUUUACAAGUUCUGCCAGACGCAAGGCAUUGAGUAUCUGACAGGCAGAGUGUGGAUUGGUUUGUGGCUCAUCGUCUUCAUCUUCAUUAUCGUGGCAGCUGAGGGAAGCUUCUUGGUGCGCUACAUCUCACCCUUCACCCAGGAGAUCUUUGCUUUCCUUAUUUCCCUCAUCUUCAUCUACGAGACCUUCUAUAAACUGUACAAGGUGUUCGCAGAACAUCCUCUGCUGAAGUUUUACCCACCGAAUGUGCAGAGCAGCCUGAAUACCAGCAUGCUGUCCGCAGAUGCGAUGUCGCUGGGAAUCAGGAUGCAGCCCAACACAGCUCUCCUCUCCCUCAUCCUCAUGCUGGGCACCUUCUUCAUUGCCUUCUUUAUGCGCAAGUUCAAGAACAGCCGUUUCUUGGGAGGAAAGGCACGGCGGAUCAUCGGAGACUUUGGGAUCCCCAUCUCAAUCCUGGUCAUGGUGCUGGUGGAUUACACCAUCACGGACACGUACACGCAGAAGCUGAAUGUCCCAUCUGGCCUGUCUGUCACAUCUCCUCACAAGCGUGGCUGGUUCAUUAACCCCAUGGGCAGCAGUGGGACCUUUCCAAUGUGGAUGAUGUUUGCCUCUGCCAUCCCUGCCCUCCUAGUCUUCAUUCUUAUAUUCAUGGAGACGCAGAUCACUACACUGAUUGUGAGCAAGAAGGAGAGGAAGCUGCUGAAAGGCUCCGGCUUCCACCUGGACUUGCUGCUCAUUGGCACUAUGGGGGGACUUUGUGCACUUUUUGGGCUGCCCUGGCUGACUGCAGCAACUGUGCGCUCCGUCACCCAUGUCAAUGCCCUGACAGUCAUGAGCAAGGCAAUCGCGCCGGGGGAGAAGCCCAAGAUCGAGGAGGUGAAGGAGCAGCGUGUGACAGGAGUACUUAUUGCUGCCCUCGUUGGCCUGUCCAUCGUGAUGGGGAAUAUGCUGCGGCAGAUCCCGUUGGCUGUGCUCUUUGGGAUAUUCCUCUACAUGGGGGUUACGUCUCUCACUGGCAUCCAGCUCUAUGAGCGACUGCUUCUGAUCUUCAUGCCAUCCAAGCACCACCCUGACCACAUCUAUGUUGUUAAGGUGAAGACCUGGAGAAUGAAUCUCUUCACCUGCAUCCAGCUGGCCUGCAUUGUGCUGCUCUGGGUGGUGAAAUCUACAGUGGCGUCCCUGGCCUUCCCAUUUGUCCUGAUCAUGACAGUGCCAUUGCGACGCUUUGUGCUGCCCCGCUUCUUCCACGACAGGGAGCUCAAAGCCUUGGACUCGGAGGACGCGGAGCCGAACUUUGACGAGGAUGGCCGGGACGAGUACAACGAGCUGCACAUGCCUGUGUGAGCUGGGGCCUGCCCUCUCCUCUCUUGGGACAGGCUGCUAACGCCUGCUCAUCCCUCCCAAGGACUUACCUGGAGAUGGCAUCGGACUUGCCGUGAGUCGCGCGAUCUCUUGCCUGGACCAACAAAUGGCUGUUCCAUAGCCCCGCCGGAGGCAAUCCCGGCUCCGGCUGCCUCAUCGCUUGCUCAGCAGAGGCUGUGCAUCUCUCUCCUCUUGGACCUGGUGAGCUGAGAUGCCUCUCACAUCCAGAUGCGGUGUGGUCCAGAGCACCUGUGGGUCAGGGGUCUGCCCAGUCCCUGAUGGAGGCAGCCUGUGUUCAGCCUGCCAGGUGGUGAAGGGGAGCCAUGCCAGCUGGUCCCACUAUGUCCCACUCUGCUACCGUGAAGCUUGGGUGUCCCAGCAACAUGUGCCAUUGAGCAGUUACAGUGACAGGCCGAGUGCCUGCAGGUGGCUAGCAGCCUCCUCCCAGGCUGGGUGGCAAGAGCAGCCUCCUUGCUCAGCUGGCAGGUGCCUUGCUCCCACUCCCUGUGCCCUCAUCCAGGAGUGCUCACGCUGGGCCUGUGCUGCAGCUCGUGGCCCACAGGGCUGCUGCACACAGACUGCCACACACGGACCCACCUGGGUUAGUGGGCUGGGAUUCCCCAGGAGACACUGCCUCUGAGCCCUCAGCAGGUGCCCAGCACAGGGGCAAGGAAGGACCAAUGCUCUUUCCUGGCAGCACAGCUGCCCCAGCACUAAUGGGACAAGAGGUCACUGGGUCCUGGCAUCUGGCAGGUGAGGGAUGCUGUGCAGGCCCUGUGCUCCAGGCCUUCAUCUGCCCAGGCAUGCUCCCACAGGACAGGUUUCCAGUCUUGUCCGGCAUAGGCAAGGCUGCUUGCAUCCUCCCAGUUUUUCUGACCCUGUUCCCAAAGGAAAACAGCACAGGGAGAGGAGGCUAAGGGAUAAGCAGAUAUCCUGAAGUCACAGGUGCCUGCCCUGUUGCAGGGACUAACAGGGGUCCUGUGCCAUUCUGUUCCUCCAGAAAGGUUGCAUGGGGGUUGAGUAAAAGCACUGGGUCUGGUUCCCUGCAAUGAGGUCACUGAAACCCCUGGCCCCACUUCUGCUCACAUGCUGGGGUCACCUUCCACGGCCAGGGGCGCCCACUAACUGGAAAUGGGUAAGAGCCAGCAUGCCUGGCACUCAGCCCCCAGUGACCUCUGGGCAGCUCUGAGCUUUCCACCAGGCAGGCCAUGGGCCUGUCUCCUGAGGUCACCCCAGGUGGCAUGCUCUGUUCAGAGCCUGCCUACCCUGAGGCCCCUCCAGCUCUGGCUGAAGAAGCCGUUCCCAGUGCCCUUGCUGCCAGGGACCAAAGGAAACGUGGCCACAGCUAGGAGCUCUGACACAUUGGCGGCUUUGAGGGUAGCAUCAGAGGAGAUGGGCCCAGCCUCUCCCUAAUGUAGCAGCUGGAGUGGCCUUGGGGAGAAGGCUGGGAUGCUUGCUCCACCAUUGACCGGACAUUGGAUUUUGGACAAGCCACUGCCCUGGUUCCCAUUUAUCACCGUGGCUCCUGCAGGAGAAGGUGGGUGCUUUCGUUACUGGGAGGGUCCAACACUUCCCCCAGGAGGCUGCAGAAAUAUCCCGCCAGCGAGGGAAGACUCCUCCAGCGGCAGGUUCCUGCCCCACUGCCUGGCCCACCCGCAGUGCCCGGGGCUGAGAGACAAGUGUCUCUGUGUGUCUGUGGCCGUGUGUGUCCUGUCCUCCCUGUGUAGUGUAGGAGGCCUUUUGUCGCUGUGCAUUGUGACUCCUCUGACUGUAGUGGAAACAGCUACACCAAUAAACCCUUCACAGGAA